CUCUAUGAUUCCACCUGGCGAACUGUCAUGACGGUUUUGCUUAUUUUGCCUAAUUCCUAAAAGAAAUUCUAAUUAUGUUACUACAUUUUGCUGCGGAAUUACUGUGAAUCUGUUUCAGCGUCCAAGCAACUGUAUAUCGUGCGAAAAAGUUGCCUAAAGCGAUUGCAAAUGUCAAUAUGUCAGGAUCUCGGUCUUAACUUCCAACAGAGAAUGGGCGCAAAUAUAUCACAAUUAGAAAGAGACAUCGGGUCAGAGCAAUUCCCACCGAACGAACACUAUUUUGGUUUAGUAAAUUUUGGCAACACAUGUUAUAGCAACUCAGUGUUGCAAGCUUUAUACUUCUGUAGACCGUUUAGAGAGAAAGUGUUGGAAUAUAAGGCAAAAAACAAGAGAACUAAAGAGACUCUGCUGACAUGCCUCGCCGAUCUGUUUUAUAGCAUCGCCACACAGAAGAAAAAAGUAGGAUCUAUAGCACCUAAGAAGUUUAUUGCUAGAUUGAGGAAGGAAAAAGAGGAAUUUGACAAUUACAUGCAACAAGAUGCCCAUGAGUUUUUAAACUUCCUUAUCAACCAUAUUAAUGAGAUUAUUUUAGCUGAACGCAAUCAAAGUACUCUAAAAGUUCAAAAGAAUACGUCAGGGGAAAAUGUCCAAUGCAACGGUACAUUGCCUCAACAGAACACAGAGCCCACGUGGGUGCACGAGAUAUUCCAGGGAACGCUCACCAGUGAGACGAGAUGCCUUAACUGUGAAACCGUUAGCAGCAAGGACGAACACUUCUUUGACUUACAGGUGGACGUCGGUCAAAACACAAGCAUAACUCACUGUCUAAAGUGCUUCAGUGAUACGGAGACCCUUUGCAACGAUAACAAGUUUAAGUGUGACAAUUGUAGCAGCUAUCAAGAAGCACAGAAACGUAUGCGUGUAAAGAAACUACCCCUAAUAUUAGCGCUUCAUCUUAAAAGAUUUAAGUAUAUGGAACAAUAUAAUAGGCAUAUUAAAGUCUCCCACCGUGUUGUUUUCCCAUUGGAACUGAGAUUAUUUAAUACGUCGGAUGACGCGGUGAAUCCCGAUCGGUUGUACGAUUUGGUGGCGGUAGUGGUGCACUGCGGGUCUGGCCCCAACCGAGGCCAUUACAUCAGCAUCGUCAAGAGCCACGGCUUCUGGUUGCUCUUCGACGACGAUAUGGUAGAUAAAAUUGAUGCUUCGGCUAUAGAAGAUUUUUACGGCCUAACUUCAGAUAUACAAAAAUCGUCAGAAACUGGCUACAUACUAUUUUAUCAAUCUAGAGACGCUAGUUGUUAAGUUUCCCUUAAUUAUAGUAAUUUAUGUAAUUUAAGAUAGUCAUUUUCAUUAGAUCAUGUUAAUUAAAUGAUAUGCCGCAUUUGUUAAAGUUGAAGGCAUAAAUUAUUGAAAUUGUUAGAUUCCUAUCAUUUAUUAUUGCAAUUAUCUUUUUCAAUUUCAUUCAUUUGUAAAUAUAUUUCAUUUCAGAAUAAAGAGUUGUGAUCUCUCGA